ACCAGGAGGAAUCCUGGUCUCUCUGCACCAUCUGGUACCUACCUGAUCCGGAGGAGAAGGGAUUCGGAGAGAAAAAAUAAAAUGGCCAGUCAGUCGCAAGGAAUACAACAACUCCUUCAUGCCGAAAAACGAGCCGCGGAGAAAGUUGCCGAGGCUAGGAAACGGAAGGCCCGGAGGCUGAGGCAGGCGAAAGAAGAGGCACAGGGUGAGAUCGAGCAGUACCGUUUGGAGAGGGAGAAGGACUUUCGGCAUAAGCAGGAAGCGGUCAUGGGGUCCCAGGGUAACCUGGCAGCUGAGGUUGAGCAGCUGACAUGUCAGAAGAUCCAGGCGAUGCAGGCCAGUCACCACCGCAACAAGGAGAAGGUCCUGCGCCGACUGCUGACGCUGGUGUGUGACAUCAAGCCCGAAAUCCAUCACAAUUACCGCAUCAACAUGUAGGAGCCCUCAUCACCAGGGCCUGAAUGGAAUCAGCUUCUCUGUGGACUAUAUUGUGACCAACUCAAAUAUUUAUUCUCUGGCUUGUUCUUGUGCAGUGUACAUUACAACUUGCUGUGUUUAUUAUGUGGUAAAAAUUAUGGAAAAUACGCUUUGUGCGGACAGCCAGUAUUGAAGUAAAUAGAAUUUAUUUCACCAUUGUUUAUUCCUGCAUUUAGAAUAUAGAACAAUGCAGGUCCUUCAGCCCACAAUAUUGUGCUGACCUCAUAAAUCAAACCCUUCCUUCUCUUGUAUCCCUCCAUUUUUCUAUCAUCCAUGUGUCUAUCUAAGAGGCUCUUAAAAAUGUCCCUGAUAUAUCUGUGAUUACCACCACCCUUGGCAGUGCCUUCCACAUACCCACCAUUCUUAAUAUUUGUUAAGUUACUUGUGGUAAUAUUACCUUUGUGUUGUAUAUCAGUUAUACGUACUGUGUUGUGCACCUUGGUCCAGAGGAAUGUUGUUUCGUUUGAAAGUAUAUAUGCAUAAAGUUGUAUGACAAUAAAUUUGAACUUGAAAACUUA